UAACAACCUAGGUAGGCCCUUGCUGCUAUCUUGAACAGACUACCGUAGGUACUGUAAGAUUUUAUGAUCCUAACUCGCGUUUGAUGUUUCUUUAUUUCUGAUCUUCAUGAGCAGUAAGCGUUCCGAGGGUGUUGUUGUUGACUCUUUCUUCCCAGCCUCUUUCUGCUUACGCCGAGGGCAUUGUAAUCCUCCUAAAGCAUUGUAUUCGUUUGUUCCCACGGCAUCACCAACCUAAUCAUAAGCGUAGCAUUUCGCAUGUCGCAUACCGCUUCCGCAUUGCCGCCUGCUUGUCAUCUUCUCUGUACAUGGCCAAAUACCAAUUGUUAACAUAUCAUAUCUAAUCCUGCCGACCACGCCAAGAACGUUGUGCUAUCAAACCUCGAACCGAUAGCGUCACUGACGACCGCCCGUAGCUCCAACCUCGUGUGAAUCCCAGUCAUUCUAGAAUCCGUGCUUCGACCUGAUCAACUAUCAACACCCUCCAGCACCCUCCGACGAGGCCGCUCAAAAGCUCAUGGCACAAAGUGCGUUGCCGAACGGUGCUUCGGUUGGCGCACCUGCGCAGCCUUCUGCGAAAGGCAGCGCAGUGACCCCGAAGCUGAGUUCGCAAGACAUGGAAAUGGGCAACCUUCCAGGAGGCGAUGCGCCUCCUGCGCAGCCUGAUAUAAUGCACCUCGCCCGCGUUGGGGAUGUAGCAGGCAUGGAGAAACUAUUUGAGUCUUCCGAGUACGAUGCUACCUACACCGACGAAGAAGGCAUAACACCUCUCCACUGGGCUGCCAUCAACAACCAGUAUGCCUUAUGCAAGUUCUUGAUUGAGAAGGGCGCCGAUAUCAACAAGAAAGGAGGCGACUCCAUUGCGACACCGCUCCAAUGGGCUGCACAGCGUUCCAAUUACUACACCGUAGACCUACUACUCCAGCAUGGGGCCGACCCCCUAAUCACAGACGCGCAAGGCUACAAUACCCUACACAUAUCCACGUUUAACGGCAAUGUGUUACUGGUGGUUCUCAUGUUACACCAGGGAAUACCGGUCGACGUGGCCGAUGCAUAUGGACAUACGAGUCUAAUGUGGGCUGCGUAUAAGGGAUUCCCACAAUGCGUCGACCUGUUUUUGCGAUGGGGCGCGAGUGUGCACGCGACCGAUGAGCAGGGAUUCACGGCACUACAUUGGGCACUGGUUAAAGGGUCGCUCCAGUGCAUUCUCAAGCUCGUCGAGUACGGUUCAGAUCGGUUCGCCAAAACGCAGACAGGCAAGACCCCUGCGAUAACAGCAAAGGACUUGAACACUUCUGGUGCUUGGCAUCGUGCGUUGAGAGAGUGUGGCUAUGAUGAAGACGGACAUGCAGCAGUUCCGUGGUGGCCUGGCUCGUCUUUUUUUCUCAAAGACAAGCGAAGUUUCAUGAGCAAAUUCUUGUUUCUCUUGCCAACACUCAUGCUCUGGGUUGAGUUUAUGAUAUUGUCGCGUUUGCCAAUAUUCAUAUCCGUAUUCCUCGCGUUGUUCGUCGUUUUCGGUAUCCAAUGGGCUGUAAAUCAAGUAUUGGCAUAUGCGCCCCCAGAUAUGAGACAGCUUCAUAAAACGCCAUGGCUAGCAGGAAUCUUCGCUGCUUCUCUGUUCUUGCUUGGUGUUCAAUGGCUACUAGUUGUAGUUUCAGCGACGUAUGCCAGCCACCCACUCAUCAACCUAUUAUUCUUGAUAUUUUAUUCACUUACAGCCUAUUUCUAUACCGCUUCCAUGACGUUCGAUCCCGGCUUUGUCCCUAAACUUAAUGGCAUUGCGGAGCAGAAGGCCGUGAUCGAUGAGCUAUUACACUUAUGGAAAUUUGAUGAAUCGAAUUUCUGUGUAACUUGUAUGAUACGCACACCUCUUCGAAGUAAACAUUGCAGGCGGUGUCAGCGGUGUGUUGCAAAGCACGAUCAUCAUUGCCCUUGGGUCAACAAUUGUGUUGGCAUUAAUAAUCACCGCCACUUCUUUAUUUACUUAGUCAGCUUGAUCUUCGGCAUCCUCGCGUUCGAUUGGCUGUUGUACUAUUACUUCGCAGAAGUGUCGAAGUCCGCGUCAUCUGAAUGUCUGGUCCUGGCUGAAUCUCUUUGUAAAGUUGUCAACGCCGAUCCAUACACGGUCUUGAUGGGGUUUUGGGCGACUGCGCAGCUCACAUGGGUCAGCAUGCUCAUAUUCGUACAAUUCAUACAAGUUGCGCGAGCAAUGACAACCUAUGAAAAUAUGUACGGCAUUCAAGACGGAAGUGCCGGGGCACAUGGCUCGGCCUUCACGAGCACAGGUGCACCGUUAGACCCCAGCCAUCCAAACUUUGGGGCUCCCCCAUCAGCGGCAGAUGAUCCACUUGGAGCACGCAAAGGGCACAAACAUCAUCGAGGCUUCCUGCAGCAAUGGAGUCGGAUACUUGGCGUUGAUACUUUCAUUGAAACUGCUACCGGCCGUGGCGCCGCAACAGGAAAUAAAAUGCGCCGAAAGAAGAACCCAUACAGCAAGGGCUACUUGCAAAAUUGUAGCGAUUUCUGGUGCGAUUCCUCACCCAUGUUUGGACGUAGGGAAAACGGCGACGCCAUGUUGGGGGGAGAGCGCAUCAACUACACGGAAGUCUAUGAGAGUCCAUCUGCAAUGGGGCUAGGCACUGCACGAAGGAGAGGUGAAUAUGAGGCAGUCGCCAAUGAGGAGGUGUAAACUAUACGUGCCUGGAAAAUAUACAGGUAUUGUGGUAACAACCCAGCACGUCAUGUUAAUGCAGACACGAAAUGGAUUGUCCCUUGGAGGCUGGCAUGUACCCCUAGCGUAGCGUUGGAUUAUAUACAUUAGAACAUACAGAUCCUCAGUGGCUAUCAUGUGUAGACUAAUAUGAAAAUAUUGCUACCACAUAACCUUUUUCUGAGACCACGGCCUUCGGGGUUUGAGCCGCCUAAGUUACCUGUUGCGCUACAAGUAGGAUGAGGCCCGAGACUAAGAGUCGACUAUUUAUAGCUUCGACCACAUGAGCUAGAACAAUACUCAAUCAGUAAAUUUGCAUAUUCUAGGAGCAGUAAUGGAGUAAAGUGU